UUCGUUGCCGGAGUUGCCGGCUUGCGACAAAUUACUCGGCAGUAUUUGCCUCGUAUUUUGAACGAGCGAAGAGUGGAGUUCGAACGCGAGAAAAUGAUCAAAUUGACGCGUGACAUCAGUCUUGAAAAUUACACGCUGAUCUUGCCGUCGGUCGCGGUUGGAAAUGUCGGACAAUUGUCGGUCGAUUUGCUCGUUGCGAAUCUUAACCUCGAGAAAAUCGGUCAGAUUUUCAGCACGGCGUUCGUGCCCAUCGUCGGCGCGAACGCUUACGACGAAAAAUCGAACGAGCUCGUCACGGCGAUUGACAUUUACGCCGGGACCGAGGAGCAAAGAAUUGUCGUGGUGCAAAUUCGUUCGCCGUACGUGGCCGACCUAACCGAAUUCUUCGAGGAGCUGAAGCAAUUUGUCAUUGACAGAAAAAUAGCCAAGGUAAUUGUUCUGGCCAGUUCUUACGACUACGAGAGGAGAGAAAUCCAACCGAAUCCUCUCAAGUUGAGAUACGUCGCCUCGUCUGAGAUACAGGCCGAAAGUGGUAAACUUUUUGACGAUCUCAAUUGGAUUCCGCACAAAUCUAAUAAGAACGACAGCGACACCGGUGUGGAAGAAAGAUUACGGAUACCGGGCGGUGGAUUUGCAAAGAGUAUCUUUAACUUCUUGUCCGACGCCAAGAUUCCUUGCGCCGUGUUGUUUAAAUUUUGCUCCGAAGGAGACAAUACUUCGGACGCGUUGCUUCUGGUGCAUUACUUGGAUCAGUGGAUAGAUGUGUUGGGAACACGUCGCAAAAGUGUCACCUGGAAAUUUCCACCGUCUUGGAAACACUUGUUCGGACGGCCACCUCCACGCGGCAUGUACUGAGCGCUUCGCCGCGUAUUCUGUCGAUCUUGCGAACAACAAUUUUGUUACAGUUUAUAAAAAUUUACAUCUGACACGUAGAUCAGUGCAUAUUUGUUAUUUUAAAAUA